AGCAGAGCCGGGCCGCGGCGAGAGCGAGCAGCGGGGGCCUGCGGCUCUGUCCGCUCAGCCUGGAGCGCGAACCGGGUGAGGGAGAGUCCGCCGCCGCCAGCCCGCGAACAUCACCUGGAAUAAGGUGCUCUCUCCAGUUUGAGGUUUUUCUGGUUAAAGAAAGAGUAAAAUGGCCUUGAUGUUGCUCAGUCGACAGCUGACUUGUUCUCUGCAACAGAACUCCAGGCUAUUUGCAUGUGGGCACAGAUUGAUCAGUCAAACUGCAGCUAAAAUUGAUGUGGACUUUGAUUAUGAUGGACCGUUAAUGAAGACAGAAGUUCCUGGGCCUAGGUCAAGAGAGUUAAUGAAACAGCUAAAUGGAAUUCAGAAUGCAGAAGCCGUGCACUUUUUUUGCAAUUAUCAAGAGAGCCGAGGGAACUACCUUGUAGACGUAGAUGGCAACCGCAUGCUGGAUCUCUACUCUCAGAUUUCAUCCAUCCCAAUAGGUUACAGCCAUCCAUCUCUGAUGAAACUUCUCCAGCAGCCACAGAACUUGAGUACAUUUGUUAACAGACCUGCUCUUGGGAUUUUACCUCCAGAGAAUUUUGCUGAAAAAUUAAAGGAAUCUUUGCUUUCGGUGGCUCCUAAGGGCCUGCAACAGGUUAUCACCAUGUCCUGUGGAUCCUGCUCUAAUGAAAAUGCCUUUAAAGCAAUAUUCAUGUGGUACAGGAACAAAGAAAGGGGUAACAAUAAUGUCACAAAGGAAGAACUGGAGACGUGCAUGAUUAACCAGUAUCCAGGGUGCCCUGACUAUAGUAUUCUGUCCUUUAUGGGUGGAUUCCAUGGAAGAACCAUGGGUUGCUUAGCUACAACUCACUCUAAAGCAAUUCACAAAUUAGACAUUCCAUCAUUUGACUGGCCGAUUGCUCCAUUCCCAAGACUAAAAUACCCCCUGGAAGAGUUUGUGAAAGAGAAUCAACAGGAAGAAGCGCGCUGUCUGGAAGAGGUGGAAGAUCUGAUUGUAAAGUACAGGAAAAAGAAGAGGAUUGUUGCUGGAAUAAUCAUUGAACCAAUUCAGUCAGAAGGGGGAGACAAUCAUGCUUCAGAUGACUUCUUCAGGAAGCUACGGAACAUUACCAGAAAGCAUGGCUGUGCAUUUCUGGUGGACGAGGUGCAGACAGGAGGCGGCUGCACUGGGAAGUUUUGGGCCCAUGAACACUGGGGCCUAGAUGACCCAGCCGAUUUGGUAACAUUUAGUAAGAAGAUGAUGACAGGAGGAUUUUUUCACAAGGAGGAGUUCAGGCCCAAUGGUCCAUAUCGGAUUUUUAACACCUGGCUUGGAGAUCCCUCCAAGAACCUCAUGCUUGCUGAAGUCAUUAACGUUAUUAAGAGGGAAGACCUUCUCAACAAUGCAACCCAUGCAGGAAAAGCUCUACUGGCCGGGCUGCUGGACUUACAGGCUCGUUACCCCCAUCUCAUCAGCAGAGUGAGAGGGCGAGGCACAUUCUGUUCAUUUGAUACUCCAGAUGAUACAACUAGGAACAAGCUAAUUGCAAUAGCCAGAAACAAAGGUGUUGUGCUGGGAGGCUGUGGCGACAGAUCGAUCCGUUUCCGCCCAACUCUGAUCUUCAAGGAUCACCAUGCGCACCUCUUUCUGAACAUCUUCAGUGACAUCUUAGCAGACUUCAAGACAAAAUGUGAAUUCAUAAAAUGAAGCUGUUGUUUUUUCCCCAUGCUUACCAUCAAGUCAGGCUGCUUUAAACUGAAUCUCUGGACGCACAUGGAGCUUUGGAGUUUCACAGACCCCCAGCAAGUGCAUCCAAAUGCUCUGAGCGGUGUUUGCAAGGGGUAUUGCACUUGUUGAGUGCUAGAUUGCACUCCAUUUUCAGCCUUGAGUCACAGCAGGAAACAAGGAAAAACCCUACAGACAUGCACUGCCUUGCAUAUUUGAUGAUUUAAAAAUAACACAAUAAUAUAUAUAUUUUCAUAGGUAAAUGAUGUAACUUUCCUUUCUCCACUGUGUGUCCAGACGAAGCAGCAGGUCUUGUGAGUGUGGGGUAGAAGCUUAGGAGAUGUCUGCCAAGCAGAAAGUGCCAUUGUCUGACAGUGACUGGGAGGAAAGAACAGAUGUUUCAAAGCAAGCUCUGCUUUCCAGCACUGCCAAGGACAGUAUUUCAGAGAAUGACUUCCAGCUGUGUUCCCAUAAAUAAAAACACAAUAUGCCAUACCAGACUGGACCAAGGGACCAUCAGAUCUGCUACCCUGCCUUCGGCCUAUACCUAGUUCUUCAGAGGCACUGAUGCAUCUGGCCAGUUGAGUGCUACAUGGAAGUGAGGGGGGGAAAUAAUUCCUUUCUGGCCCUUGAUUAGUUAUUCCUAAUGUAAAAAGUCAGCCUUGUGCACACAAAACUGUACCCAAAGGUUUCUGAAUUGCUGAAACUUAGGAAAUAAAAUGAAGCAUGUACUGCUGCCUUAUUUUAGCAAUCUAAAAUGUGUUGGGCUGCAGGAUUAUUUAACUGGCUUGCCCAUAAUAUGCAGCCAUUGAUUUAGCAAAAUUUCUAAGCAAAUAUUCAAGAUAUUUUGCAAAACCACAGAUGCAUUGUUUUGUAUCGAGCCAUUACUUGACAUCAGAUCUGUUACGAUGGGGUCCUUACUAAGUGCACAGCUCUAAUGCAAAAUAAUUCUAUUGUUGUAGUAGAUUUCUUCUCUCAUGCUUGGAGGGUCCUUUAGAAAAUCACAGGAUCUAUAAACGUCAGUGGUCUGUUAAUCUGUUCACUAUCAGACAGUUGUUUUGGGGUAGCUCUUUUAUAUAAGGCUUUCCUCUGUCUAGUAGAAAGGAUAUUUUCAUGAAGCUGAUUUGUUGAGCUAAUACUGUUGUGUAUUCCCUUUUCUCUUCACUAGUGAACGUUUGAAUUUUGACUGAAUAAUGACUGAAUGUUAUUCAGGGUGAAAAAUCUUUUGAACUGAUUUGUGAAUUUUCCAUGUCCCGAUAGAGAAUAGAGAAGUAUUACAAAUUAAACUAUUAAGCUCCCAGUGGCCAAUAGGUUCUACAGUGCAAUUCAGUGGAAGCACUUCAAUAUUUAGGUUGAGACCUGCACAGCAGCAUAGGAGAUUUAGACAUACGUUCUGAUAAGUUCAAUGAAAGAUGUGUCUAAGUCUUCCGGUCUGCUUUGAAAAUAUUUCUGCCUAACUAGUAACUUUCAUAAUUACUGGCAACUAGCAACCAAGGAAAUUCACUUCUGCUGAUUUAAAAAUAAGCAGGCCCAUGUAAGCCUGUCUGUGCUACACACUGUUCUGGAACUUGUUGGUCAGAAUUUUCAUAGUGUAGACAGGGCUUUUGACUGUAAGUUUUCUGAUGAUUAUCUGUAAAAGUUCAUAGUUAGGGAAAUAGCCAGCAAAAGUCAGGGUAAAACUUGGAAUUGUAGAUUACAAAAGACUUGAUGGAGGGUUGGUGAAUAACUGUACAGUGAAACCUUAUUGUCAUCACAGUCCUAGUAGGUAUAAUACUAUCAAGAAGAAAGUCAAACUAAGAAAUUCCUCAUUUGACAACAUUUUGGGAAUUAGUUCAUUCAACAUAUCAGUGCAGUAGAUUUUAGUAAAUGUCUCUAGCAAGUCUUGUACUUUUACAGAAUCAAAGGUCCAGUAAUGAAGUCUUAUCACAUCCUUACUUUUAUUAUAAAUACUCUAGGCGUUUUUAAUAACUUUUACUGACACUCAGUAACUGUGUAAAAUUGUGCACAAUGUAUGUCGAUCAGAUUAUGUUAGAAAACAUACUCAGAGAGCACUGCAGCCUAAGCAUAAUAAAGUAAUAUUGUUUACAGCAUAUUGUGGACAGUGCCAAAUAAAUGUUUAAACAAAAAUACCUAACUGCACUUCAUGAUGUAACUGGUAACAAUGUACAUGAAUCCAUGAAAUAAGUAUGUUUCCUGUGUAAUCAGUAUUCUUAAAUAAAAUAUUUAUAAUUGAACACCUCCA